CUCACACACACACACCCAUUGCAUUCCUCACUGUCUGCAGGCACAAUACAAUGUGUACACAUUCAGUUCACUUCUGAUCAGACAGAAGCAGACUGUGACAAGCAAGGGAUCAUUAUCACCAUCCAUUCUCUCACUGGGGCUCUUUAAGAUCUACACUUUGCUGGGAGGUUAUGGAUUUGAUGUGCACAUCUGGAAAUAAUCACUGAGUGACUUACACUAUGGAAGACACUGAGAAUAAGGAAGCUGUGCCAAAGAUGUCAGCGAGCAAAGAGGGUGCACACAAAAAAUGGGCGGCUCUAAAGGAGAAACUAAGCCCUCAGAGCCCCGACCAGAUUGAGGGUAACCUGGAGAAUGCAGACCCUGAAUUAUGCAUCCGACUCUUGCAAAUCCCAUCUGUUGUAAACUACUCGGGUCUGAAAAAACGCCUGGAGAGCAGUGAUGACAACUGGAUCGUACAGUUCUUGGAGCUCAGUGGACUGGACCUUCUCCUGGAAGCCCUGGACACACUGUCUGGGAGAGGGGUAUCUAGAAUUGCUGACGCCCUCCUCCAGCUGACUUGUAUAAACUGUGUCCGAACAAUUAUGAAUUCCCACAAGGGAAUUGAGUAUAUAGUUGAGAAUGAAGGUUAUGUACGGAAAAUUUCCCAAGCACUGGACACGUCCAAUGUGAUGGUCAAGAAACAGGUUUUUGAGUUGUUGGCUGCACUUUGCAUCUACUCCACUGAAGGACACGCUUUGGCUUUGGAUGCUCUUCAGCACUAUAAGACCGUGAAGAGCCAACAGUAUCGAUUCAGUGUAAUAUUGAUUGAACUGUCAACGACGGACAACGUUCCAUAUAUGGUGACACUGCUGAGUGUUAUAAAUGCCGUGAUAUUGGGGACAGAAGAACUUCGCCUACGUGUACAACUACGAAAUGAGUUUAUAGGCCUGCAGCUGCUGGAUUUGCUAACAAAGUUAAGGGAUCUGGAGGAUGAAGACCUGCUGAUACAAGCAAUUGUUUUUGAAGAAGCCAAGUUGGAAGAUGAAGAAGAACUACUUAAGAUCUAUGGAGGGACUGAUAUGAAUAACCAUCAAGCUGUCUUCUCUACGCUCUUUAACAAAGUUAGCUGCUCGCCACUUUCUGUACAGCUUUUGUCCAUCCUGCAGGGCCUGCUCCAUUUGGAUCCGUCUCACCCUUCCAGCCCUUUACUGUGGGAAGCCCUGGAGAUUUUGGUGAACCGAGCAGUUUUACUUGCAGAUGACUGCAAAGACCAAAACCUCAAUGAUAUUAUGGACAGACUCUUAGCUUCAAAGAAACCCCCAGGCAAACAAAAAUACAAGCAAGACCGAUGUAUUGAAAAACUAAAUAAAAGUAGUCAAACUGACAAACCCACAGAUGGUUUUCGUGAUGAAGACUUGGAAAUUGCAUUGCAAAAACCUCUGAAGGCUGCAGACUUUUUGCCAUUAUCUGGUUCUCAAUCGGAUCAUACUUUAACAGGACAUGUACCUCCCCCACGCCCCACUACCUCACCAUCGUCCACUCCUCCUCCUCCUCCUCCUCCUCCCCCUCCACCGCUUCCUGGAAUUGGUGGAUUUUCUCCUCCGCUGCCGCCUCCCCCACCCCCUCAAAUGAUGGGUGGCAUUCCUCCACCACCUCCUCCCCCACUUCCUGGAAUGGUGGGUGGAAUUCCUCCACCACCUCCUCCCCCACACCCAGGAAUGAUGGGUGGCAUUCCUCCACCUCCUCCCCCACUGACUGGAAUGGGGGGGUUUCCUCCACCUCCUCCCCCACUACCUGGAAUGGGGGGGUUUCCUCCACCUCCUCCCCCACCACCUGGAAUGGGGGGGUUUCCUCCACCUCCUCCCCCACCACCUGGAAUGGGGGGGUUUCCUCCACCUCCUCCCCCACCACCUGGAAUGGGAGGAUUUCCUCCACCUCCUCCCCCACCACCUGGAAUGGGAGGAUUUCCUCCACCACCUCCCCCAUUUUUUGGUAUGGGUGGCACUGAUGAAGUUGUGGUGGCCCGUUUUGACUUCUCCUUGGGAUGCUCAAGACCAGCUUGCUUCAAAGUCAAUAGACCAACACUAAAAAUGAAGAAACUUAAUUGGCAGAAACUUCCAUCAAAUGUUGUUAAAGAAACCCAUUCGAUGUGGGCCUCCUCCAGUAGCACUGAGGAAACUGUUGAACCCAACUAUUCAAGUAUUGAGCAACUGUUUUGUCUUCCACAAACAAAAGCUAAAGAAGAAGCCCCCAUCAAGAAAGUGCCAAAAGAGAUUACAUUUUUAGAUUCCAAGAAAAGCCUUAACUUGAAUAUAUUUUUGAAGCAAUUUAGAAGCACGAACGAGGAAGUCGUUGCUCUUAUUGAAAAAGGAGACAGUUCUAAGUUUGACAUUGAAGUUCUGAAACAGUUCCUAAAGCUGCUUCCUGAAAAGCAUGAAGUGGAAAACUUAAAAUCCUACCAAGAAGAUCAGUCAAAGUUAUCAAAUGCGGAUCAAUUCUAUCUGCGGCUUCUGGGCGUUCCUGGUUAUCAACUUCGACUUGAGAGCAUGUUGUGCUGUGAGGAAACCAGUCUUAUGCUUGAGACGCUGCGACCAAAAGCACAAAUAGUUAGCAAAGCGUGUGAAGAUAUCCUAAACAGUCACAGGCUUCCUGUCUUUUGUCAGCUAGUCCUCAAAGUCGGAAACUUCUUAAAUUAUGGCAGUCACACGGGAAACGCCAAUGGAUUUAAAAUAAGCACAUUAUUAAAAUUGACUGAGACCAAAGCCAACCAAACCCGCAUUACGUUGUUGCAUCACAUUUUAGAGGAGAUAGAAGGGAAUCACACAGAUCUACUUCAGCUUCCAAAUGAUCUUGAAAAUGUAUCCUUCGCUGCCAGCAUUAACCUUGAAAAUAUAUAUUCCGAAACGAGUGGCAACUUGAAAAAACUAAAAGAUCUGCAGAAAAAAAUCUCCGUCUCGGACUCUGAUAUUAAGGCGCAAUAUGAAAAACCUGUUCAGGACUGCAUCAAUGGCCUCAAUGAACUGGAUAAAGAACUGGAGGAGAUUUCAGAGACAAAGAAAAAGCUGGCUGAAUAUCUAUGUGAAGAUCACACAAAACUCUCAUUAGAAGAUACGUUUAGCACCAUGAAGGCAUUCCGGGACCUGUUCCUGAAAGCAAAAAAGGAAAAUAAAGACAGAAAAGAUCAAGCCGUUAAGGCUGAAAAACGAAAAAAGCAAUUGGCAGACGACGAAGCGAAGCGACAAAAAGGCGACAAUGGAAAAAUAAUCCGUAAAGGAGCAGCGGCAAAGGUGGAAGAAGGGUGCAUUAUUGAUGCUUUGUUGGCGGAUAUCAAGAAAGGGUUUCAGCUGCGCAAAACUGCAAAGACUAAGACUGAUGCAGAAUCUGGGCCUAAAAAUUCCAGCAGCAAAACUGUACAAAUGGUGGAAGACUCCAAAAAAGUGUCUGACGUAAAUGACAAUGUAGUAACCAACGAGAAAAGUUGUUCAAAUCCUUCUCUUUUGAAUGACCAACCUAAAAUCAAAGAGGAUAGCCCACCAAUUCUGAACUCAAUUAGUAAAGUAGAUGUAGAAGCACAGUCAAGCCAAUCUUGUCAAAAUGAUAAUCCUCGCAUUGAAGGCAUUGUUGAGAAACCACUUCUUGUUACCCCUGUUGUAUUGAAUGCUACCCUAAAAGUCAAUGUAGAAGAUGUGGAAACCACACAGGAGAAGAGAUGUCCAGCUGAUUCUAACAGUAUUUUGAAUAGCAAAUCACCAAAUAUUGAGAUCUCUGAAAACCAAGGACAAUCAAAUGGAAAUGAUGAAAAGGUGCCUAAAAACAUACAGAAUGUAAAUGAAAUAAAUAAAAAUUCAGAAAAGUUAAAGGAAUCUCCAGAUCCAGAAAAUAAUACAUUUUGCAGAGCAGCAAUGGAAAGUUCAAAGGAUGAACCUCCUCCAACAACUCAAAAAAAUGGGUUAGGAGGUUUACCUCCAGACCUAGCAAAUUCUCUGGUUGACGGCACUCAACUAAUCAUGGCAAAUGAUCCGGUAGAUAGUUUGCCCCAACCUCAGACAAAUGAUCAGGUAGAUAGUUUGCCCCAGCCUCAGACAAAUGUCCUGGUUGAUAGUUUGCCCCAGCCUCAGACAAAUGUUCUGGUUGAUCGCUCAUCCCCAAAUAUUUCAAACACACCUCAGGCGAAUGAUACGGUUAAUAACUUGCUUCCAGUUCACACAAAUGAUACCGUUGAUGGCUUGCCAACAGCUCAGGCAGAUGUUCCAAUUGAUGACUUACCCCCAGCCGUGUCAAAUAUAUUGGAGGAAAGUUCACCAACUGUGGUUAACGAGGAUACCCUAAAUAACUCUACGAGCUCCACCCUAUCGCCCAUUUCAGAUCAAAAAGGGAAAAGAGGCUCUUCAAAAAGGAGAAAGAAAAGGCAUUCCAAAACUGGAGAAGAGGUUGAAAUUGAACCUGAAACACACAAAACAAAAAGUUGUGUGGUACAGUGAGGUUUCAGAGAAAAGAUGAAGAACAAGCAAUGAAGUCGACAGCAAAUAUAUCUAUUGAGAUUUUUUUUUUUUUCAAUAAUCUGCCUUUUUGCUUAUCUCGCCCUUGUGCUGGUCACAAUAAUUUAUAAAAUCAGUCCCCUAAUUGGAACGGUUUUACUAUCAAUUGCAUGUCUAUGGGCCUUGCUGCUUCUAUAUUAAUUACUUGUUUUUCCAUGGAAAAGCUGAAAUGUAUUUUACUGCACUUUAGAGGCAAAUAGCUAUAUCAUUGAUCGUAUUAUUAAUAUGGAUAUUAUACUGAAUAGAUACGUACGUACACGGAGAGAAAAAAAAAGAAAGAAAAAAAAAACAUUUAUAAGCCUGCUAAUUUUUAACCAGAGUUUUUUAAACAAUGACGCCAGCCUCAAGGCAUAGCUACUUGCUUUAAAUGAAAUAUGUAAACUGUGCUCGCGGUAAGUAAAAUAGAUACAGUGUGCUAAGCAAGCAAGCAAAUAACUGGAGAAAGAAGUAAUUUAAACUAGGUUACUCACAAUUCUUGGUAGUCCAAAGUGAAAUUCAAACGUAAGGCUAACAUAGCCAAACUAGAAACGUUCGGUUAUGCGUCUUGUUCUGGUCCUUUGGCCUUCAAUUGGAAAUUCAUUUUGACUUCCUGACCAUUUUCACUCUAGUGAAUAACCCUGAAAGACUCAGACGUUGACGUGUAAUACUGCCUAGGAUGCAGAUUGAUAAAAGCCUAAUUGCAUAUGAGAUCUUAAAUGAACAUUAAAAAAAAAACAGGGAGGAAAUAGUGUAGUAACUAAAUUUUGUGCCAGAAAAAGGAGAAAACACAAGGUACUCGGACUUAGCUGGUGGCCCUCAAGCAUUGUGGGGAUUUCAAGCACUGACUGUAUUUUAGUGAGAGAGAUUAACGACUAAAAUAGGUAUUAAGAAAGAUGAUACAUAUUGGGUAUUUCCCGUCACUAAUGAGGCAGAUGUUGUGAUUAGUUAACAACUUGUUUGCUAAAUUUAGGGCAAAUAGGAGCAGAAAAACUAUAUCCUACGGUGGAAGUUUAAUUUCAACUCAACCAAACUACAUUUUGCAACCUUGUUAGCUCAAGAUUUAGUCAAUUUAAACCACAAACAAAAGACCUCUCGGCAUCUCGUUUUGGAACAUAUACAAGCUUCUUUGACCUUAGUAGGAUCUAUCAACCGAAGACAUCACCUUUUUGUGACAAUGUUUACUUUAUGUCACCCUCUAGUCCAUUUUACGUAAUGAUAUGGCAAUAUUAUUCUCAUCCUGAACACACUUAUACGUCAUUUCAUUCUUGUAGCCGUUGAAAUUUAAUUUUGAUGUAAGAACAAUGGUACAAAUGUUAUUCUAUAGAUAACUAAU